AUGCAUCAGCUGCUCUUCAUCUCACUCUGCCUCAGUUUUUGUUGCUGUAUUUUGGGUGCAUCAGUUACUCCUCCAUGUAGCUUUGUGUACCGUGGCUUUGCUAAAUGUCUGGUGGCCCUGGGAGACAGUGUGAGCAGCUACUCUAGUAAUGAUGAUGAUGUCAAUGGCAUUUGCAGAUCUUGGGAUGCUUUCCAGCUGUGUGUGAACAGUGUGCUGUCAAACUGCCAUCGGAAUGCAACAGAGGUAUGGGAGUCUUUAAAGGAUCAAUCACGACAAACACAGUUACCAGGGAAUUUAUAUGAAAUAUGUACCAGCCAUACCCAGAAAUCUCCUCAGACUCCAUCUAGCACUGACCAGACUAAUCAGGUGUCUCUGAAAGCAUUUUAUGCAGACAAUAACCAUACACAUAUUGUGCAGAUGCUUUUGACAUGCACGCUUGUUUUUUUGUUACAAUAG